UCUCAGUGACAGAGUGUGUGUGAGAGAGAGCGAGAGAGAGAGAGAGAGAAAGAGAGAGAGAGAGACAGAGCACAAGAGAGAGCGAGAGAUUAUAUAAAAGCUGCUUUGGGAACGCUGGCGAGCCGCGGUGACCGGAGCGAGGCAGGAUGGCCAUAACCUGAGAAAGUGAUUGUAGCUGUUCGUGGAUUUCCGCUAUUGAAGGACCAUCCUGGAGUCAGUGACCACAAAGUGGGAUAUUAAAUCCCUCUCUGCUGUGACGCAUCCAUUGUUCCACCAGCACUGUUGGACUGUGUGCCAACGAAGGACCGAGACUAAAUGUCUGCGACAUUGCCAAAAACUGCAGCUCCUGCCAAGAUUAGGAAGUUGUAAGUAGGUUACUAGAUCUGUCAUUCUCGCAACUAAUCCAUGAAAUGGCCCUCCUCUUUGAUGAGAGAGUGUAACCGGAGCGGCCAUGGCGGUGCUGCUCUUCAGAGUGCACUGCCCCUUGAAGCAGGCUCAGAUGCUACUGCUGUGCCUGGGCAUUGCCUAUCUCAUGGCAGGCAGCAUCCUGCUCAUGCAGCGGUCCAACAUCCGAGUAGCCCAGCCAAGCCUCCUCGUGUUUCCUCCCUUGCUGUCACUCGCAGCACCGCCGACCACUCUUGGGACUUUAGGCAUGGGUGUGAGGGUGCGCUCCAAAUGGGCCGCAGUACAAUCUGCAUCUGGCACUGGUGCCCAGGCAGGGCAGCCCUGGCCCGCCUCCCGAAGCCUGGGAGUCCAACACCUGCAUCGCCACUGGCUUCAUGGUAUCGUACCAGAGAGUCCAGAGCAUGCAAGCCCUGCCCGAAAGAAGACCACCCAUAAAGGGACCUACAUUGGUUGCUUCCUGCACAACACCAGCGAGCGAGCCCUUGGAGGAAUUAUGCUUUAUGACCUGCGGAAAAUGACCAGCUCUCUGUGUCAAGACACCUGCUCAGAAAGUGGGUACCAGUUUGCAGGGUUGGAGUAUGGCGCUGAUUGUCACUGUGGGAACAGGAUCAGUAGCCCACAGGUUGCCGAGGAGGAUUGUAAUCUGGCGUGCCGGGGAGAGAGGGGGUCUCCUUGUGGCGGUGUGGGACGUCUCUCCAUUUACAAGGUGCAGGAGCAGAAGCCUGGUCACCGAAAAAUCAGGAAUGCUCACCGGCGAGGCUGCUUCAAAUUGGUGAACAACACGAUCAACACCUUCCCUAUUCAUUCAUUUCAGACCAAUCUAACAACACAGUCCUGCAUCGAGACUUGCACAGACAAGGAGCUCCCGCUUGCUGUGUUCAAGAAGCCCCAUUGUUUCUGUACUUGGACAUCCUCCCUCUUCAGUCUGGACCAGCAGUCUGCUAGACAUCAAUGUGCGGAAACCACUGGUCUGAACAGCAUCAGCAACUCCACACAUACAACACCCACUGAGCAGGACUACUAUCAGGUCUAUCACACACCUGUACUUGACUCCAGGUGCAAGGAGAGGAUGUUUCUACCACAGAGAUCCAGCUCUCUCGUGGCUCUCUCCAGUUUUCCUGGUGCCGGCAACACUUGGGUCCGACACCUGAUCGAGCUCAUGACAGGCUACUACACUGGCAGCUUCUAUUUUGAUGGCACCUUGUACAGCAGAGGUUUCAAAGGAGAGAAGGACUUCUGGAGGAGCGGUCGCAACAUUUGUGUAAAGACUCAUGAGAGCGGAAAGAAAGAGAUUGAGAUGUUCGACUCCGCCAUCCUGCUGAUUCGGAACCCUUAUCGGUCUCUAAUGGCUGAAUUCAACCGCAAGUGUGCUGGACAUUUAGGACAUGCAUCAGAUGCCCAAUGGAAAAGCAAAGAAUGGCCAGAAUUCGUCUCCAGCUACGCCCCCUGGUGGUCAUCCCACGCAUUGAGUUGGCUGAAGUUUGGACGUCGCCUACACGUGGUACAUUAUGAGGAGCUACAAAGGGCUCUCCUCCCUCAGCUCAGGCUCAUCACAGCCUUCCUGAAUGUCACCGCGACUGAGGAGAGACUGAUCUGUGCGCAGAGCAACCAGGAUGGCUACUUUAAAAGGCCAGGGGCCCAGCAGCCGUCCUUUGACCCGUUUACACCUCACAUGAGGCAAAUGAUUGACACCUUCAUUCACAACGUCGACACGGCACUACAGAGCAGGAAUUUUAGUGGACUUCCAAGAGAAUAUCUACCCAGAUGAUGCCAUGGAAAAUCAUCCAUCUAGUCAACAAGAGAGCAAAACACACACACUGGCCAAUGUAAGUGGACCAACUGCUUCUUUGUCAGGCCAGAUGCACUUUGAAUGGAACCACACAGGAGAGUAGAGCAGAAAACAAAUCAUUGUGCCAUCGUACGGUGACCAUAGAAGCCUCCAGGCUGGACCUACUUCUCUGUAAACAACAAAUACGAUGAAUACUAAAAGAGGAUUUGACAAGAUGUGUGGCAGCAGAAGUAGGAUUUUCGAGCAAAGUGUCUGACUGCACAACACAUGACAGUGCAAAUUAUAGGUGGACAUUUUUUUUUUUCUCCUCAACUUCUCUACAAUAAUGGUUUUCUUUUAGUCUAUGCCCAUAUUCAUUUCCUGUUGUGCUAACACUGAUGAUAGCAAGAAAAAGCAGAUUAUACAGAUUUGCAAAUCUGAUGGAUAAAAGCCUCAAUGUUAUUACAUGCUGCAGUGAUCCAAUGACUGUACUGAACUCCUGCUGUAUAUUGCCUCUUUUCAUUAAAUACAUUGACAUUACAUUGUAAGAGAUGUUGAAAUUGUUGCAGUUCAGUAAAAUAUGUUUUCUUGGGUAAAGUUAAA